UGACCAUCUAGCUGUGCCUAUGGGUGAUGUGACGUUAAAGGCAGUGGACACUAUUGUGUCUCAGGUAAAGAAUGGACAAGCGAGGGAAAGAGAACAAGGCCCUGUCCCCACGGUAUGAUGGGAUACCUCUACGCUAUGAGGACAGUAAACCAGUCCAAGUUCAGAUGUACACACAUCAGAAUAUCUUAGAUAUUGGGCAGAAUAUCCACAACCAUUGGGAGUCCCAGGCAGAAAAUGAUAAAGACACAGCAAUAUCAGCCGCUGAGCACAAGGUGUGGCUAGAGGCGGAGCACAUGAAGAGCGUAGCGCUGGAGAAGUGCAGAGAACUGGCUAAGAUUGAGCUAGAAAAGGCCGUCAGUAAUCUAAAGAUCAGCAAUGAGAAAUCACUAAAGGAGGAGGCAUUACGGGUUGAGGGCAUCAUGACAAAGCAAGCUAAUGAGCAGGUACGACACGAAAAAGAAACAGGGGAGAAGAUCUUGAGAGAUACCGUAGAGAAAGUCCGAGUCCAGGGUGUCAAAGAGAAGGAAGAGGCCGUCGCUGUGGCCAGGAAAGAGGAGGUCGAGAUUGCCAGGAAAGAAACUGAGAGAGUGGCAAGAGUAACGGCCGACCGCGAGUCCCAAACUGCCAAGACGACCGCCCAAGACAAAUCCCAAGCAUUGCAGGCCCUCGAGGAGCGCAUGAAACAGGAGCGCAUCGAGGCCGUUUUAUCGGCCCAACGCGAGGAGCGCCGCAUUGCCGCCAUUGAACUUGGACGCGUCAAAACACUCCACCAGUCGGAGAUUCAGAAACUCCGGGAGACGAUCCAGAAGUUGGAGCUGAGAAAUCAGGAAACCCUCAAGGAAGUCGACAGAGAAUGCGAGGUCAAGAAACAGUGGGAGGAAAAAUAUAACGAGAUGAAGAACUCGUACCAGCUCUUCAUCAAUAAGACUAAAGGAUUCGACCAAGGGCAAGCUGAUUUUCUCCUGAAAUGAGGAAAACCACGCAAUGGUUUAUUGAAAAAGAAACCUGUCUACUAAAAUGAGCUGUUGUGAACAGUGGUGCCACCAGUUAAUGGAAUUCCGGGUGAGGUGAGUUUUCUAUCUGAAAUGGAAAUUAUGUAGCAGUUGGUGUUUGCACCGUUUUUUAUGCCAUGUUUGAAAGACCGAUUUGGCAACAAGUUUAGUUCUGUUUGAAUGAUUUGUUCAAAGAACUUUGAAAUAUUACAUUUGAUUUUGGUAGGAAUUUUGGUAGGGAUUUUAUUAUUAUUAUCGAUAGCUUUGGAUGGAUGUUUCGCGGUUAUCAAUGAAGGCAGAAAAAACACAUUCCAAGAUAUCAGGUUAUGUAUACAAUACAUGCAGAUCAAAGAAACUUGAAACAAUUGGGUCAUUUAACAUUCCAUAUUCCAGCGUUUUUUACCUCACACAUAUUUUACAAUAUUGUUUUAAAUUGUAAUGCAACAUUCAUUGUAAAUGACAUUAUGUAUAUAUAAACAUCCUUGACAUAUAUUAUGGAACAACUAAUUCUGUAUAAAAUAAUUCAAGUUGUUUGACAGAGAGGAUUCAUUGUAAAACUUGAACUUUCAAAUUGAGAAUUCACAGACAUUGCUUUUUGGCCAAAGGCUACAAUUCAGGUCAAUUAUUUCACUUUGAAGAAGUUGCAUCCAAUGUGCCUUGGUAAGAGUGAUAAAUUCAUGUUCAGAAACACAAUGUACUUGAUGAGAACAAAAACUUGAAAUUGGAAGAAAAACCACGGGGCUAGUAGCUCAAAGUAUUUACUGAACCAGACUUUUUUACAGGAACAUAAUCAGAAUGAGAAAAACAAAAUCACUUUUUGUUUUCACCCAAUACUGAGAAUUGGUGUCAGACUAAAGGUCAAUGUUUGAUUGAACUUAAAGGAACACGUUGCCUUGGAUCGGUCGAGUUGGUCUUUGAAAAG